AUGGACGCAGCCGCAAAAGCGAGAUUCGAUCUCAUCAGCGACAAUCUCGCUGAGAUUCUCAACCCCGAGCUCAUCGAGAGCAUUCUCGUCGAGGGCCGCAAUCCGCGUGUCUACUGGGGAACUGCGACAACCGGACGCCCUCACACUGGAUACUUUGUCGCUGCGCUGAAGAUCGCCCAGCUGCUCGCUUCAGGAUGCGAGGUCGUCGUGCUUUUGGCGGAUAUCCAUGCCUUCUUGGAUAACCUGAAAGCGCCGCUCGAGCUGGUUGAGAACCGCGCCAAGUACUACCGCAAGAUCAUCACGGCCAUUCUCGAGUCUGUCGGUGUGCCGACUGAGAAGCUGGAGUUUGUUCUCGGUAGCUCGUACCAGAAGAGUCCUGAUUAUGUGAUGGACGUCUACCGGCUGUCCUCCUUGGUUAGCGAACAUGACGCGAAGAAGGCGGGCGCGGAAAUCGUCAAGCAGACGUCGAAUGCGCCAUUGAGUGGUCUUCUCUACCCUAUUCUUCAGGUUCUGGAUGAGGAGUACCUGAAGUGUGAUGCUGAAUUGGGAGGCAUGGACCAGAGAAAGCUUUUCGCGGCUGCAACAGAGUGGUUGCCCAAGAUCGGAUACCGAAAGCGCGCCCAUUUGGUCACACCAAUGGUUGCAGGUCUCAGCGGAGGCAAGAUGAGCUCUAGUGAACAGGAUAGCAAGAUCGACCUCCUUGACCCCCCAGAGACCAUUUCCAAGAAAAUCCGCAAAGCAGAGGCAGCCCCCAAAGUUGUCGAAGAGAACGGUGUUAUCGCAUUAGUCGAAUUCAUUCUCCUCCCGGCGGCCGAGCUCAAGGGCACGAAGGAAUUCCGCGUCGAGCGGAGAGAGGGCGAGCCCUUGGUCUACACCAACAUCCAGCAGCUGAGAGAGGAUUACGCAAACGAUGUUUUGACACCACAACUCCUCAAGGCUGCUGUCACAGCCGCCCUGACCAGCCUGAUGGCACCUAUCCAGGAGGCCUACCAAGCCUCGCCUGAGUGGCAGGAGAUUACCUUGAAGGCCUACCCUCCUCCGGUCGUGGAGAAGAAGCAGAAGAAGGUCAAGGACAAGGGUACUCGUUUCCCGGGCGCUAACAAGCAGCAAGAGCUUCCCGAACGCCCGAAGCAAUAG